CGAGGUCCAAACUUCCUUCGUCUUUCCCUCCGUUCCUCGCUCCUCCUUCUCCGCGGGAGCUGAGCGCCAAACUCAAACCCGGUCCAGACUUGGACGUCUUUCAGGCGAGUUCGGAGGCCUAGGCCUGUUGUUUUGCCUCACACCGCCCGGGGUCUACGAUGAGUCAAGUUCUGUUCCAGCAGAUCGUCCCCUUGCAGGUGAAAUGCAAAGACUGCGAGGAGAGGAGAGUGAGUGUGAGAGUGAGCAUUGAACUGCAGUCAGUUUCUAAUCCAGUUCAUAGAAAGGAUUUAGUUAUUCGUCUGACUGAUGAUACAGACCCAUUUUUCCUAUAUAAUCUUGUUAUAUCUGAAGAUGACUUUCAAAGUUUAAAAUUCCAACAAGGUCUUCUGGUAGACUUCUUAGCUUUCCCACAAAAGUUUAUAGAUCUCCUCCAGCAAUGUACUGCAGAACAUGCCAAAGAAAUUCCAAGAUUUUUGCUGCAGCUAGUUUCUCCAGCAGCUGUUUUGGAUAACUCACCUGUAUUUUUAAAUGUGGUAGAGACAAAUCCUUUUAAGCAUCUUAUACACCUGUCACUAAAACUCUUACCUGGAAAUGAUGUAGAGAUAAAGAAGUUUCUAGCAUGCUGUUUGAAAUGUAGCAAGGAAGAAAAAUUAUCAUUGACACAGUCAUUAGAUGAUGUUACUAGGCAACUGAACUCAACACAAAAGACACUGUCGGAAAAAAUACAAGAAUUAGAGAAGUUACGGAAUGAAUGGGCCUCACACACGGCUUCGUUGACAAAUAAGCAUUCUCAGGAACUGACAAAUGAGAAGGAAAAAGCCUUACAGGCACAGGUUCAAUAUCAACAGCAGCAUGAACAGCAGAAAAAAGAUUUAGAAAUCCUCCAUCAACAAAGUAUCCACCAGCUGCAGAGCAGAUUGUCUGAAUUAGAAGCAACUAAUAAAGAGUUAACUGAAAGGAAAUAUAAAGGAGACUCUACUGUUAGAGAACUUAAAGCGAAGCUUUCGGCCAUUGAAGAGGAACUGCAACGAACUAAGCAAGAAGUUCUGUCUUUGAGAAGAGAAAAUUCUACCCUAGAUGCUGAAUGCCAUGAAAAAGAAAAGCAUAUUAAUCAGCUACAAACAAAAGUGGCAGUUUUAGAACAGGAAAUCAAGGAUAAAGACCAACUUGUCUUAAGAACAAAAGAGGCAUUUGAUACAAUGCAGGAACAAAAGGUGGCAUUAGAAGAAAAUGGUGAGAAAAAUCAGGUACAACUAGGAAAACUUGAAGCUACAAUAAAAUCACUAUCAGCAGAACUUCUGAAGGCAAAUGAAAUCAUUAAGAAGUUACAAGGGGAUCUGAAAACUUUAAUGGGUAAGUUGAAACUGAAGAAUACAGUUACUAUUCAGCAAGAAAAACUCUUGGCUGAGAAGGAAGAAAAGUUACAAAAGGGACAAAAGGAAUUACAAGAUGUUGGACAGUCUCUUCGAGUUAAAGAACAAGAGGUAUGCAAAUUACAGGAACAGUUAGAAGCUACAGUUCAAAAGCUUGAAGAAAGUAAGCAGCUUUUAAAAAAUAAUGAGAAAUUAAUCACAUGGUUAAAUAAAGAACUAAAUGAAAAUCAGCUAGUGAGAAAGCAAGAUAUAUCCGGUCCUUCCACCACUCCCUCUGCGCAUGCCAGUAGCAGCACAAUCAGAAGUGGAAUUUCCCCUAACGUGAAUGUGGUUGAUAGUAGACUCACUUACCCUGGCUGUAGGAUUGGUUAUCCUGUUUCCUCUGCAUUUGUAUUCCAGAAUACCUUUCCUCAUACCAUAUCUGCCAAAAACACCAUCCACCCAGUUUCAGGACCAAAGGUUCAGUUUAACUUGCAGCUUACAAAACCAGAUGCUCAGUCAGGAACAACUAGUAUCAUGCCUUGCUCAACAGACAAGGAAAAUGGUGAAAAUUUAGGGCUGGAAUCUAAAUACUUGAAGAAAAGAGAAGAUAGCAUUCCUUUACGUGGACUCAGCCAGAAUUUAUUUAGUAAUUCAGAGCAUCCGAAAGAUGGCACAUCUUCCAAGCCCACGGUGCUCCCUUCCACAUCUGCCUAUUUCCCUGGGCAGUUACCCAGUUAAUCCCAGCCUCACCGGCUGCAUUGUACUGACACUUCAGAAACUCAGGUGGUUUAAAAAUUAUGUUUAACAUAAGUAAUCUUAAAUAAGCAACUUUCAAAUUUUAUUUAAGCUGUUGUUCGGCCACUUUAUCUGCUGCCAUUUAUGGCAAAUAUUUUAUGGGAACAAAUUUGUACUUGGGUAUUGGUAAAGAUUCUAAGUAAAUAUUUUUUUGGUUUGUGAACAUGUUCUAUAAAGUAUGAAUUUUAUUAAAUUUUCAGAAGAAAGGGAUUGAUCAUUAUAGUGGACAUUCUAAUCAUACUGAAAAUUUGAGCUAAUUGAAUCUGACAGGAAAGUAUGGGGGAAGAACUGGUAUUUACGUAAAAAGGAGUCUUCAUGAUACCUUCAAAUGAGUAAAACAAAUCUAAGUCAUCACCUGUAACAAGCAAAAAUGAUUGUUUUCCCCAAAACAGUUAAAUUAGCUAUUGUCUAUAUUUUUGUUGCCUUUUUGCCAGUACUGGGGCUUGGACUCAGGGCCUGGGCACUGUCCCUUAGCUUUUUUGCUCAAGGCUGGCACUCUUCUAUUUGAGCCACAGCUCUG